ACAGGCAGGCGGCGGCGCGCGCGGAGGAGCCGGGCGCAGGGCUGGAGAGGCGGCCAGCGCCGCCAAGAAGCCGCGAGCGUCCCUGAUGGUGCCGCCGCCUCCGAGCGGGGCAGGGGCGGCGAGGGGCCGGCUGGGCAGGAGCCUGGGUCCGCUGCUGCUGCUCCUGGCGCUAGGACACGCGUGGAGCUACCGCGAGGAGCCGGGCGACGGCGACAGAGAAAUCUGCUCGGAAAACAACAUCGCCACGACCAAGUAUCCGUGUCUGAAGCCUUCGGGGGAGCUCACGACGUGCUUCAGGAAGAAGUGCUGCAAGGGGUAUAAGUUUGUCCUUGGACAAUGCAUCCCAGAAGAUUAUGAUGUGUGUGCCGAGGCUCCCUGCGAACAGCAGUGCACGGACAACUUUGGCCGAGUGCUGUGUACGUGUUACCCAGGAUACCGCUAUGACCGGGAGAGGCACCGGAGACGGGAGAAGCCAUACUGCCUGGAUAUCGACGAGUGCGCCACGAGCAACGAGACGCUGUGCGCACACGUCUGCGUCAACACCCUGGGGAGCUACCGCUGUGAGUGCCGGGAGGGCUACAUCCAGGAGGACGACGGCAGGACGUGCACCAAGGAAGACAAAUACCCCAACGACACUGGGCACGACGAGAAGGCAGAGAACGCGGUCCAAGCCACCAGCUGCUGUGCCACGUGCAAGGAGUUCCACCAGGUGAAGCAGACGGUGCUGCAGCUGAAGCAGAAGGUUGCCCUGCUCCCCAACAGCGCUGCCGACCUGGGCAAGUACAUCACUGGCCACAAGGCGCUGGCCUCAAACGCCUACCUUCCAGGUCCUCCUGGCCUGCCUGGGGGCCAGGGCCCCCCUGGCUCACCAGGACCGAAGGGGAGCCCCGGCUUCCCAGGAAUCCCAGGCCCCCCCGGGCAGCCUGGUCCGCGGGGCUCGAUGGGACCCGUGGGACCAUCUCCUGACCUGUCCCACAUUAAGCAAGGCCGGAGGGGCCCUGUGGGUCCACCAGGCGCCCCAGGACGAGAUGGCUCUAAGGGGGAAAGAGGCGCACCGGGCCCCAGAGGGUCUCCAGGACCCCCUGGUUCUUUCGAUUUCCUGCUGAUAGUGCUGGCGGAAAUCCGUAACGACAUCACCGAACUGCAGGAACAGGUGUUCGGGCGCCGGACUCACUCUUCAGCAGAGGAGUCCCUGUCACCACAGGGAUUUCCCAGCUAUCCGGAGACCCUGGAUGUGGGCUCUGGAGAUGACUCCCCGGGAAGAACUGAGACAAGAGCCUCGGGAGCCCCCAGAGACUUCUAUCCUUAGUGCAUCCGACAUGCCAAAGGAAGAGUGUUUUCCCCUGCAGUAAAAUCCUCCAAAGAACAAAAACAAAACAUCACUGGAGACCUAAAGAAAGAUACGUUUUUAUUUUCUUUCCUCUUCCCUUUCUUCUUCCUACGUCUCCUCUUCCAGACACUGUUUACAGCGUCUCCUGCUAGACAUCCUAAAGACACCAGGAACGAAAUGACUGAUUUCAGUGCUUCCCCCGGAGAAUCCACAGGGCAGCUUUUCUUUGAAUUCCUUAUUUUCCAGGGACUUCUAAUUUCUGAAUUAGGUACUCACAUUAUCUUAAAAAUUGGCAAACUGUCAAAAAGGGGGAAAGAGUUGUAAGAAAAUGUGAGUUUCAGUUCAGUUCAGUCGCUCAGCUGUGUCCAACUCUUUGUGACCCCAUGGACUGCAGCACGCCAGGCCUCCCUGUCCAUCAUCAACUCCCAGAG